AUGGAUCCCUAUGUCGCGCCCUUCGCAGGCGCCGUCACCGGAGUCUGUACACAUCUACUCUUCUACAGGCAUGGUGAAUGGGACCUCAAAGCACCUUGCAUACUCUUCAUCUACAUAAUUCUAGGCAUCAUAGCACUCGUGCUCGACUCGAUCCUGUUAACCCCUCACAAAUGGGCACUGAAUCUCAUCAUCUGGCACAUAGCAGCUGUCUACAUUAGCAUGAUCCUUUAUCGUGCCUUGUUCCAUCGCCUGCGCACGUUUCCAGGACCGUUCCUCGCCCGCUUAUCAAACUUCUAUGCCACAUACCUCAAUUUCAGGAAGCUUCAUAUGUAUGAGGAGGUGGAGAAACUCCACGCGCAGUAUGGAGAUUACGUGCGGCUAGGACCUACCGAGUUGUCAAUCACCGACCCUGAGGCUGUCGUCGCCUUAUAUGGUCCCCAAGCCCAGCUCAGCAAAGGACCGUGGUAUCAUGUUCUGCACCCGCGGGUAUCCCUGCAGACGGAGCGAGACAAGAAAGUGCACGCGCGCCGCCGUAAGGUCUGGGACAUGGGGUUCAGCAGCAAAGCCUUGCGCAAUUAUGAAGAUCGCGUGUCUAAAUACACAGCCCAACUCAUUGACACGGUCGAACGCGCCGCUAGCACCAAGAUGGAGUUAGAUAUGUCGAAGUGGUUCAACUACUAUAGCUUCGAUGUCAUGGGGGACAUGGCCUUCGGGAAGUCGUUUGAUAUGCUGGUGAACGGAGAGGAUACAUACUUCCUAACGGCACUGCACGGUGACAUGACGAGUGUCGGGCUGUUUGGGCGCAUGCAGUGGUUGUUUCCGUUCUUCAAAUCUAUUCCGGGACUCAAUUCACAGUAUUUGAAGUUCUGGGAGUUCUUGCAUGCCCAGGUUGGGAAUAGGAUGCAGAGCGAGCCGGCUGUCCCAGACGUAUUCUCCUGGAUACUGCGUGAUUACCGCGAGGGCCCGAGGACAGCGCAGGAUACCCUGAAUCUCCAGGGGGAUUCAUAUCUUAUUGUAGUUGCAGGAAGUGAUACGACAGCUGCGGCAUUAGCAAUCAUCUUCUUCUACCUAGCAACCACCCCCAAGAUAGCCAAGCAGCUCCAAUAUGAGCUUGACAGGCAGGACGACCUGUCGCACAGGUCCCUUGGGGAGAUUGAUUUUCUGGAAGGGAUAAUCAACGAAGCACUGAGACUGCAUCCAGCGGUGCCGUCCGGUACUCAACGGGUUACUCCUCCAGACGGCAUGAAAAUUGGCGACGUCUACUUACCAGGGGACGUACUCGUACAGAGCCCUCUAUACACCAUUUUCCGAGAUCCCCGAAACUUCGAAAGUCCGCUUGAAUUCCUUCCCACCCGCUGGACGACUGAGCCCUAUCUAGUCAAGAACAAAGCAGUUUAUAUACCAUUUAACGCAGGGCCGUACUCGUGUGCCGGGAAGCAGCUAGCCCUAAUGGAACUGCGCUCCGUAACCGCAGCUCUCCUCAAGCGAUACGACAUCACUCUCGCCCCAGGUCAGAGUAACGAAGCCUUUUUGGAGGGUCUCCGGGAUACCUUCACCCUUGUGUCACCGCCAUUGCCGUUGAUCUUUAGUCGGAGAGUUAGGGUUGAGUACGUGAUUACCCAGACAGGUAGAGCUCGAUCCGAUACAGGCCAGAGGACGGCGAAUGCUCAAGGCGUGCCGAGCACCUCCGCAAGCAAUAAUCGAGGCAUCAGAUCCAGACGCGAUAGCCUACCGUGGCAACAGAGACUCCAUGAAGAUCCAAAGCCAACUUAUCGGAGACAGAUCCAGCCCUUACCUCACCCUCGACUCAUCCAGUGUACACCGCUUCUCGGCCUAAAUCAUGAUCUCCGUCCAGUGUCAGUCGAAGCGCCGCGUGGCGCCAGAUCACCGUUGGUUCUUUGGGUACCGCAACCGGGUCCGCGGGAGUUCGGGGCCCGGAAGAGCUGGAAGCGAGGAGGGAGGAGAUCGUUCUGGGCGCGCGAUAGCUACGCUGCUACACCAUAUCCCGUACAUAAAUAUGUCCGAUCCUUUAUUGAAACCGGUCUGGGAUCAGACGAUCAUUGCGACUCCAUGUGCACGGGUGCUGCAAACAGAGAACUGCCCCAGAGUUUGAACCAUGUCCUAGUUCCAUAUCGAAUCGAAUACGAAGUUGGCCUCGCUGGUUCGUGUCAGGCUGCUGAAACAGUCCGGGCAGGGUAA